AUGGCUCUGCAACAUGGUACAGUACCACUCUUUGGCGCUUCGCAUCUGCUGAUACAUUUGCAGGAAAGCUGUUGUUUAUCUGGAACCGGCUCCUCUACCGUGCCCUAUGAUAUCAUCACUGUUGCCAGGAGCCAGCUCUUGGACUCUUCUGAGGUAGGCACUUCAUCCAGAUUCUUUUUCUUUGCUGCAAGGCACAUUCUACAUCAAAAAUUUCAUUAUAUAAGACUACAGGCCAAGUUCAGGUACUCCCAUGACCCUGAUUGUCAGAAUCAGCAGCACAAAAGGGGAAUAAAGAAAGAAUGGAAAGCAAAGGAGGAAAAAGCCAUGCAGUGA